AACACCAAAUCAGAUCAACGGUUGAGACGCAGAUAACACUUACUCCUUGAUGCUCUCGAAAAACAAGAUUCUGUUCUUAGCUCCUCCGUCUUCUUCGCAUCCUCAUUCCUCGGUCUUUGUCUUCCUUUUUGUCUUUCGUCUCAGCAUCGAUUUCCUGCAGUGAAAAAUGGGUGCCAAAUUCAAAGCUAUUCGUGUUACGCUUCUCCUUUUACUCCUCUUCCCUGCAGUGUUUUCUGUGCCAACUGAUGGAUUGGUUAGGAUUGGGUUGAAAAAGAUGAAAGUGGAUCAAAUCAACAGGGUUGCUGGACACAAUGACUUUAAGGAAGGGAAACUGUCGAGGGCUGCUUUAAGGGAGUAUUAUCUCCUAGGAAAUCUUGGGGCAUCUGAUGACUCUGAAAUUGUUGCACUAAAGAACUACAUGGAUGCCCAGUAUUUUGGAGAGAUUGGUGUUGGAACCCCUUCACAGACUUUCACUGUGGUAUUUGAUACAGGAAGUUCCAAUCUUUGGGUGCCCUCAUCAAAGUGUUAUUUCUCUGUUGCUUGUUAUUUGCACUCCAAGUACAAGUCUAGUCAGUCUAGUACCUACAAAAAGAAUGGGACAUCUGCUGAGAUCCAUUAUGGAACUGGAGCAAUUUCAGGUUUCUUCAGCCAGGAUGCUGUCAAAGUUGGUGAUCUUGUUGUGAAGAAUCAGGAUUUUAUUGAGGCAACCAGAGAGCCUGGUAUCACAUUCUUGGCUGCCAAGUUCGAUGGCAUAUUUGGCCUUGGAUUUCAAGAAAUCUCUGUUGGGGGUGCUAUGCCAGUCUGGUACAAUAUGGUUAACCAAGGCCUUGUUAAGGAACCAGUUUUUUCAUUUUGGUUGAACCGCAAUAUUGAAGGUGAAGAAGGAGGAGAAAUUGUGUUUGGCGGGACUGAUCCUAAUCAUUAUAAAGGGGAGCACACACAUGUUCCGGUGACUCAGAAAGGCUAUUGGCAGUUUGACAUGGGUGAUGUUCUGAUUGGAGGUGAAACAACUGGAUUCUGUUCCAGUGGCUGUGCAGCAAUUGCUGAUUCUGGAACUUCUUUGCUGGCAGGCCCUACGACUAUCAUUACUCAAAUUAAUCAUGCCAUUGGGGCUUCUGGUGUUGUUAGCCAACAAUGCAAGGCAAUGGUUUCACAAUAUGGAAAAACCAUUCUGGAUAUGCUGGUGUCUGAGACAAAACCUCAAAAGAUCUGCUCUCAAAUUGGUUUAUGUACUUUUGAUGGGACUCGAGGUGUCAGUGCAAGAAUUGAGAGCGUAGCAGAAGAGAGCACGGGCAAAUCAUCUGAUGGUGUCCAUGAUGCUAUGUGUACUGCUUGUGAGAUGGCUGUUGUCUGGAUGCAAAAUCAGCUCAGGAGAAAUGAGACAGAAGAGCAGAUCCUGGAUUAUGUGAACAAUCUUUGUGAAAGACUGCCCAGUCCAAGUGGAGAAUCGGCAGUUGAUUGUAGCAGUCUUUCUUCCAUGCCUAGUGUUUCAUUUACUAUUGGUGGUAAAGUAUUUGACCUUGCACCUGAGGAGUAUGUUCUUAAAGUGGGAGAGGGAGCUAUAGCUCAAUGCAUCAGUGGAUUUAUUGCUUUGGACGUGCCCCCACCACGUGGACCUCUCUGGAUUUUGGGAGAUGUUUUCAUGGGUCGCUAUCACACGGUAUUCAACUACGAGAAAAUGACAGUUGGGUUUGCUGAAGCAGCUUAAACGCAACCGGUAUUAAAUUCUACCAUGUAUACAAAAACAGUGUAAUAUAGGUACAUGUUACCAUUAUGAUAGAACUUAACCCUUUGUGUGAACUUGUAUUGUAAAUACAUGCUUCAUGAAUAUUGGUUGCUUUGUGGACAUUGAUCCACAUGUUCAAAUAAUUUAGGAUUUAACUAGCAUUUGUUAUUAUUUUAAGAUUAUUGUGGUGAUCUAAUUAUUAAAGUGAUGGUUGCUUUGUA